AGCUGGUCGGUAAAUAAAGCCGCCUUCCCUCCUGCUGCGAAGCCUUGCUUUUUUAACUUCCCGGUGACACUAGGUUUGGAGGGUUUCCGGCCGGAGGCCAUUAGAUGGGACACCCGGAAGCCGGAAGUCCCAGGGCGGAAGUGGCCGAGAGGAACGGAGAAUGGCGGCGGAAGGCUGGUUUUGGCGCUGGGGCUGGGGCCGGCGGUGCCCGGGGAGGCCUGGGCUUCCCGGCCCUGGCCCUGGCCCCACUACACCUCUACUUCUUUUUCUGUUGCUGGGGCCGGUUGUUGCAGAUAUAACUGACGGCAACAGUGAACACCUCAAGCGGGAGCAUUCGCUUAUCAAGCCCUACCAAGGGGUCGGUUCCAGCUCCAUGCCCCUCUGGGAUUUCCAAGGCAGCACUAUACUCACGAGCCAGUACGUGCGUUUGACCCCUGAUGAGCGCAGCAAAGAGGGCUCUAUCUGGAACCACCAGCCUUGCUUCCUCAAGGACUGGGAGAUGCAUGUCCACUUCAAAGUCCACGGUGCAGGGAAGAAGAAUCUCCAUGGAGAUGGCAUUGCCUUGUGGUAUACCCGGGACCGCCUUGUGCCAGGGCCUGUGUUUGGAAGCAAAGACAACUUCCAUGGCCUAGCCAUCUUCUUGGACACAUAUCCCAAUGAUGAGACCACAGAGCGUGUGUUCCCGUACAUCUCGGUGAUGGUGAACAAUGGCUCCCUGUCCUACGACCAUAGCAAGGAUGGCCGCUGGACUGAGCUGGCAGGCUGCACGGCUGACUUCCGCAACCGCGAUCAUGAUACCUUCCUGGCUGUUCGCUACUCCCGUGGCCGUCUGACGGUGAUGACCGACCUAGAGGACAAGAACGAGUGGAAGAAUUGCAUCGACAUCACGGGAGUGCGCCUGCCCACUGGCUACUACUUUGGAGCCUCGGCUGGCACCGGAGACCUGUCUGACAAUCAUGACAUCAUCUCCAUGAAACUGUUCCAGCUGAUGGUAGAACAUACGCCUGAUGAAGAGAACAUUGACUGGACCAAGAUUGAGCCCAGUGUCAAUUUCCUCAAGUCACCCAAAGACAAUGUGGAUGACCCGACGGGAAACUUCCGCAGCGGGCCCCUGACAGGGUGGCGGGUGUUCCUGCUGCUGCUAUGUGCGCUCCUGGGCAUCAUCGUGUGCGCCGUGGUGGGGGCCGUAGUGUUUCAGAAGCGGCAGGAGCGGAACAAGCGAUUCUACUGAGCGGCCGGCGCUCUGCUCUGGGGAAGGCCUGGUUUUGGGCCCCGGCACUAAUGUGAACUUUUUUUUACUGAGAUUGUAAAAGAAAAACAAGAUGACCUUAUUUCUUAACCGUUUCAAAGAAAUAAUUAAAGUAUUUUCGUACAUUUUGCUUCUUGCCCAGCAGGGAUAAGCUGCAGGGCUGGGGAAUAGGGUUUGGCAUCCCCACACCUGGGGCAGAGGUCCUCACCCAUCUCAGGAGCAGGGAGGAGUCUGUGCCUGGAGCUGGGCCCUGGCAGGUGGCUCUUGAACACUGGAGGGCCCCCCAACCACAUUGUGGUGGGUGUCUGACGAUGCAAGCAGUGAUUUUGUUCUGUGCGGUGUGUGUUGGUGGAAAAGGAGGCUGACUGGGGAACCUGGGCCUUUCUGGUCACCCUCUGAGCUUCUUCCCAAGGCAGAGCCUCAGUGAGGCUGGAGGAGCAAUUUGGUGGGGCUCAGAGUGUGACCGUUUGCUAAAUAAAGUGAAAUAACCAACCUCAGCUGUGUGACUGUCCUAAGGGGCUUGCUUUUCUUUUCCUUCAAGUAACUUCCAGGUGGCCAGUGGUUUACAGCUCUCAGCCUCAUCCCCUUGGCCUUGCCACACAGCCCCAGGAGGCAAGUGCUGUGCUCCCUGUUCCCAGAUGGGGAAGCACAGCUCUGGGAGGUCAAGCGAAACUUGCCCAGUGUCACAUAGCAAAUGAGGUCAUGGGGAUGGGGCCUUGUGCCAUCUUCCACGUUCUCUGAGCCUCUCACUCUGGGCAGGGGAAGAUGUAGGGUACCACACAGAGGGUGGGACCUAAGUGCAAGCGAACUCUAGGGAACUCGGGCUAAGGGGGGCUUCAGGAAGAUCUGGAAGGGAUUUGUGGGUACAGAAGGACAGGUUGGGGUCGGUAAUGGUAUUCCCUUUGGGGUGCCUCGAGGGGAGAAAGAUGGCACAGGGAGUGGAAGAAAGCCGGCAGCUAGAAGGAAAGUACCAUCAUCUGGCAGCUUUCUUGGGUCUGUCUGUCCUGGCCAUGGCCUGCCUCUGCUCUCCAGACUGUUCUUCGGUGCUCCUGACCCCGCCAUGGAACAGUGUGUCCCCAUCCAUUCUGGAGCCAUCUUCAGCAUCUUGCACUUUUUUUUUUUUUUUUUAAUGUUUUAUUUAUUUUUGAGAGAGAGAGAGAGAGAGCGAGCGAGCGAGCUUGAGCGGGGGAGGGGUAGAGAGCGAGGAAGACACAGAAUCCAAAACAGACUCCUGGCUCUGAGCUGUCAGCACAGAGCCCAAUGUGGGGCUCGAACUCACGGACUGUGAGAUCAUGACCUGUGCCGAAGUCGGACGCCCAACCAACUGAGCUACCCAGGUGCCCCCAGCAUCUUCCAGUUAAAUGACACUUGAGUCUCUAUCUUUAAAAAAAAAAAAAAAAAAAAAAAUUUUUUUAUGUUUAUUUGGGGGAGGGGCAGAGAGAGAAGGAGACACAGAAGCCGAAACAGACUCCUGUCUCUGAACUGUCAGCACAGGGCCUGACGCAGGGUUCGAACCCACAGACUGUGAGACCAUGACCUGAGCAGAAGUUGGAUGCUCAACCAUCUGAGCCACCCAGGCGCCCCAACUCUCCAUUUUAAAAACAGAGCAACCUGUCUCCCUGUUGUAACCAGGCUUCUUAUAAUUAACAUUCUUGAUGAGAUUCUUAUAAAAAGUGGAUAGAAGUAGAUGUGGUAAAGAGUAAGAACAUAUAUUCCUGUCAGUCUUUCACCCUCACUCCCCUGAGCUCUUCAUUGAUCUACUGUUCAUGGUCUCUUAUCCCUCUCGAUGUGUCCUGUGUACACAUAGGACCCAUCUUUUGGCAGGUGAGAUGUCAAGAGAUUGUUUAUAAAUUCACAGUGACAGAGAAUUCUGAGCUGUGUUUUCUUUUCAUGGGGCUGGGAGCCUGUUCAUGAAGCUGUAAGAGAAAACAUGAUCUUCCUUAUUGAAAGAAAUAUUUUAUUGAGCACUUUCCCCAGAACAAUUUCUUUACUUGAAAAGUAGCUAACUUUGAGUGCUUACUAUAUCCCAGGCGUGGUUCUGAGCAGUUGACACGUAUUAACUCAUUUCUCUCCACCACACUUAACCCACUUGGACAUCAAAAAUCUGCUAGGCUGGGUGGCUCCUGACUCACUGAGCAUCUUCUUCCUUGGCGAGUGCCGUGUCUGUACUGACAUGAAUGACUGAGGCCUGGAAUCUGGAACUCUCUGUGGCUGCUACAACCACCAUAAUCUGCACUACACUCUCCAUAUUUGGCCUUUAAUUUUGGCCCUAUCUUGGCCUUCCCCAAAUUCCUGAAUUAUUAGGCAAAUUGGCAUCCUGUCCUGUAUGGCUCUUGCCUUUGGCUGCAUGUUGGAGACAUCUGGAGAAUGAAACUCAGUCCUCUGUGCUCUACAGUUUGGGUUUAAGAAGUAGGUGGGGUGUGGGCAGGGGCAGUUUGAAAACAACCACGUUGGGUGGUUCAGAUGAGCAUAUAGGCUUGAGAAGUGGCAGGUGUAGACUAGUGAUUUGAAGGCUGAUCUUGAAGUGGUCCUGGUCUGUUCUUGGCGGUCAGCGGCUUGUUUGCAUCCCUUUCAAAGUUCAAACCUGGAGGUGUUUUCCUAGAAGGUUAGGUUUGUGUUCUCACAUCUGCUUUUUCAUAUAUGUGGGUUCAUGCUACUGUAAUCUACAUUUUUGCCACAUGCAUUUAUUAUUUUUAAAUGUUUAUUUUCGAGGGGGGUGAGGGGCAGGACAGGGGGCCAGAGGAUCCAAGUCAGACUCCACCCUGACAGCAGCUUCAGCACAGUGAGCCCACUGUGGGGCUCGAACUCAUAAACUACAAUCAUGACCCAAGCCAAAGUCGGAUGCUCAACCGACUGAGCCACCUAGAUGCCCUGUCACGUGAGUUUAAAAACAGAGUUAUUUCAUCAUAUAGAAGUUAGAUAUAAAUGUAUAUCACUGCACCUGUUGUACAGCAUGAGAAAUGAAACGUGGCUGAUGCAUUUUCACCCUUCUUUGUCCCCUGCCCAAAAUAGGUGCCCCCCCUCUUGGAGGUAAUUGCUGCGGAUUCUGAUUUUUUUAUGUUUCUUUCUUUCUUUAAUGUUAAAUUUAUUUUUGAGAGAGAGAGUGCAAGUGGGGAAGGGACAGUGAGAGAGGGGGACAGAGGAUCUGAAGCUGACAGCAGUGAGCCCAAUAUGGGGCUUGAACUCAUGAACCGUGAGAUCAUGACCUCAGCUGAAGUCCAAUGCUCAACCAACUGAGCCACCCAGGUGCCCCUGAUUUUGUUUUAUGUUUCUUAAAAAUGUUACUGUAGAGGUAUGUAUCCCUAAACGCAUAGUAGUGUUUUGCAUUCUAAAAAAUUACAAAUGGUACACAGACGUAUUCCUCAGCUCUUAAAAUUCAGCACUGUUUGUGAAUCUUUGCAUUAGAUGUAGCUCAAGAUGUGGCAUAAGUGGACUCCAGUUUCUCCAUUUGGCCACUGCUGGAUGUUUGGAUGGUUUCCAGGUUUUUGCUCUUAAAAUGCUGCUCUAAAUGUUCUGGAGCCCAUCUCCAUCCACGCACAAGUGUGAGGAACUGCCGGGUUGAACUUACUUGUAACUUAUGUACGUUCCAGUCUUACUGGUUGUCAGAUUGGUCUUGUGGGUUGUAUUCAUUCUGCUCCCACCUUGGUGACUGAGAUUCCCCCUGCCCAUUUCUUAGCACUUGAUAUUAUCAAUGUUUACUUAUUGAUGAUCUGAUAGGUAUAAAAGUUUUAAUUUGCAUUUCUCAGCUAAUCAGGUUGAGGAUUUUUGUAUCCUCAAGGAUCCAUCCAUGGUGGUGUAAUUUUUUUGCCCCUCACCUUUUUCUUGUGGUUACAUGCCCAUUCUCAUGGGAUCUUCAGGUAUGUGCUUUUGCGGAUUACCUCUCAGCAUGUGUGUCUUUUGAUUUUCUAAUGUCAUAUGAUUUACUGUCUAUAUUUUAAUGUCAAUUACUAAUCUUUUCCAAAUAUUUUUCCCCCAAAAGUCUGAAAAUUUUGUUCAGACUUAGUUUAUAAUCUCCAUGGAAUUGACUUUUGUGUGGAGUAUGAUGUAGGGAUCUGGUUUUCCCACUAUGUAUAGCCAGUUGUCAAAACAUUUCCUGACAUUCAUUCUUCCACACAAGCCACGCUGCUGAAUCAAGUGCUCCAGACACCGCUCCCUCGUCUUCCUCCUGUUUCAUGGCUGGAAGGCCAGAUGUUUAGCUAAAUUCUCCAGCUUCUUAGCUAGGGUGGCUCUGUGAGAGCUGUGCCUGCCGAGGGGACUCUCGGUAAAAAGCGCCAGAUGGCAGCUGGCGUGGCUGUUUGCCCAUCCUCCUCCUGCUGGACAGUGGGGGUGACCCCCAGAGGUGCAAAAGCCCCCUGUGACCAUGGGGGCAGUAGUGAGCACCAGAGCUGGGUGGAGCAUGUGUCCUCAGGACAUCCAGGGCUGCCGCAGCCCUGGACUGCUGGGCUUUUAUGUAAAAUAAAUAAAUUUGUAUUUGCUCAAA